AUGCGGCUCCGCCACGUCGUGCGCUGCCUGGUCCAGGCCAGCAUUGGCGUUGUCUGGCUCCACGCUGUCGUCGAGCAGCUCGAUGCGCACAUGCACGUGGGCCUCAAGCCGAUGCUACAGACGCUGACCAGCGACGUGCGCCACGCGCUCCACCGCCUGUACCAAGCGCAUGUCGCUCAGCCUGCGUACUACGUCCAGCGCGAGGUGCAGUUCUCGGACGCAUCGGUCGUCGACCAUUGCCUCUCGCUGCGGCGGCUCGAGCAUGCUACAGCCGAGCUCUGUGCGAUCGCCAUCACCACAGUCGUCUUGUAA